CAACGUGCAAUCUCGCCAUUUGACAUACCUAUCCCUGAUUUGGGCCUUUUAAUACGCAGCUAAAUAAUAAAGAGAAUGCUUAAACUACUUAAAACUUGAAGUUAGAUUUAUAAAAUGUGUCAAAUGCUCCAUAAAACAUAGGUACAUAUAUUAGUUUACCAUUCGCUUAAAUAAAUUUAUUAAAAGCUGUACGUGUUGUUAUUAAUACUCCUUUACAUGUAUGAGAAGAUUAUUAAAAAAAUCGUUCAUGGCGCCAAAUUACAAAAAUCUAUGGUACAUUGGAAAAAAAUAUCAAAUUUUAAAAAAUAACGCCUUUUGUAGGUAAAUUUAAAAAUGUUUAAUUUAGUUACUUCAAAUUUCAAUAAAUCCUACAACCCAAAUGGAAAGCAAAAUGCUUUAACUGAUAUCAAAAGACUUCUAACGUCUCGACAUACUGAAGCUCAAAAUAAAGCGUGCGGUUACUUAGUAGAAGUUGUUAGUCGAUAUAAUAAAAUCUCUAAGGAAAGAUCUCGCAUGGUGGAAUAUUUACUGGAUAACGAUAUAACGGUAUUUCUAUGCGAGGCAACAUCUAAUUUGGAUUAUUCUCUUUUUAGGUCUGUCUUAUCAUGCCUGCGUCUUCUGUGGAUGGAACGCCGGUUCUUCUUUGAGGAGCACGCGUCGCACUCGAUGGCGGCAGUACUAAGGGCCCUGGCACACUACGCGGGCAGCGGCUUGCACGCCGCCGUGGAGUUGUGCCUGCAUUUCUUAUGUGAUUUAUUCGACGGCAUCAGCACAUUCGAAACCAUUUCACCUUUAUCGUAUCAAAGCGCUUAUUGCAUAGAGCAGCUGCUAGCCAGUCUGAACGUUCUAGCUUCCUGUCUCAAGACCAACCCCAAUGGUGUGCUAUCCAGCGCUUUAGUGCUGCAUGCUCUAGUUUCAUACCAACCAGAGAACUUAGAGCUUAAGGGCAGAACAGCAGUCGCCUUAGUUGAGGUCAUACAGAACUGGUUCACUUUGAUCAUGGGUGUAUUGAAUCAUUCCGUGCUCAUGGGAGAUAAAGAUAUCUCCGGUAUGUCUUACAUCGUCGUGUGCCAGUUGGGUGCGGAUGUAUUAAGACUGAUCAAAUUAUUGCUUCGCAGUGAACAUAAAACUGAUUUCGUUCAAGCCAUUUUAACGGACAGCCAUGAGAUAGAUUUGCUGAAGGAGAGCGCUUACGAAAUGCGGAAGUCCAUACGGAACAUAAUUUUAGAGCUAGUGGUUUUUACUAAGGACUAUCAGACCCAAAUUUCAACUGAAGAAUACAGUGUGUUUUUGAAGUUUCUUCUUUUAUAUUUACAAGAGAGCGGAAAUCGAGAAGUACAAUUGGAUUUCUGUGACGUUCUUUUCUCCAAAAAUUAUCUUACGAUGUUGCCGCACGCUCAGAUAGCUAUGAACGAUUUGUCAGUUCGUAAAAUGAGUACGCUGAUUCUCGGUGAAAUACUGAAAUCGUUAGCGGAUAAGUAUCUCAAUAUAGACGACUCUGGUGCCGGAAAUGAUACAUACAGUAGAGAUAUACAGAUGGGUUUGGUAGAAUUGCAAUACGGGAUAGAAAAACCGCAGAGCGUAGGCUCCUGCCUACAGAAAGGCCAGCCGUAUUGUCUUCUCAUAUACAUAUACUUCUACUGCCAGUCUACAGAGAAUCCAGAAGAGAGAAUGGCCCAGCUGUUGCCUUAUUUGGUAGAGCAUGUCCUACGACUUCCCAGGGCUUUCAAGCCACCUUCUUACAUCAUCAAAGCGUUGUGGCUUGUAUUUGCCAUGUCUUCUAUUUCUAACGGGUCUUUACAAUCGUUGGACGAGCGCAUUUACGUUGAGAAGGCGACAGAUCGUCUAGUGUCCAUGCUUUAUCCCGACCCUUCUAUGUUUUAUACACACAACCCCGCCAUUUUGUUGUGGUGCUUCACUUCGCAGAGGAUCCCUAACUACGUUCGUCUACAUGUUCUAUCGCAAUGGUUACAAAUAGAAGACUCUUUACCUUGCGAUUUAACCACUGACCCAGCAGUGUGGGAGUUGCUAUUAAACAUUUUGAUACAAAACAAAUAUAAAUCGGCCAUGAUGAAUUGUAAGGAGGCCCUAGAACAAUGCUUGGAGGAUGGCAACGAAGAGGAUAGACGGAAUUUCGCCGGAUUGGUUUGGGGAAUGUUGCCCAAUGUCUUGUCCAAAACUCUCAUAGAUUACGACUCGGAAAUAGAUACCAGCAUUUGUCCUUUAUUAGAAUUAGCUACAAGAUUGGCCCCUCUGGAAGUAGACCAGACGGUCUGCCUUAAGACAGCUGUACUUAUCACGACCAUUUUCUCCAAGAAUCUAAUCCAUUCCAAUGAGAGUAUGGAGUCGAGAUUCUAUUUCGAAUUCGUCUGCUUGAAACUCAGCCUUUAUUUACUCGGUUUGGCGAACAACCAAAAUGAUAAUAGAGUGUUGUUGACAUACACCAAUCGCGCUGGUUUCCUCCCGCUGGUGUUGACGGCGGCCAACAGCACAGACGACAGGGUAGCCUGUGCUGCAUUACAAUUGCUCUCCUAUGUAGUGCAUUACUUCACUAACAACAAAUAUUUGCCGAAAUCAGUACUACAAAUAGACACACAGUCAAUAAUAAAAUCCUUGCACGGAGACAGCACCAACGAACGAGGGGCUUGUUUAAUGCAACUAGUGUAUACGGUGCUCAACUCAGGCGUGCAUACACCGCUCGCUCUCACCUUAGAAGUGGAGAUGACACCGCCAAGAGAGAAGCAAUGUAACGCGCUCAGAGCGUUGAUGUUUAGGAUACAACUCAUGCUGUGUUGCAGGGAAUCCGAAACGCAGUCUCUAGCAGGUUGGAAAACCCUUUCAUCAGUGUUCAAAUACGCUAUUGUUUCCAAAAACGACACAAAACUAAUUGUCACCCUAACAUCUCAACCAUGGUCUCAUACGCUGAUCAAUUUUCAACUAACUCAAGCAAUUACACAAGAAUUUCUUACCUUCACACAAAAUUGGCUGACUUUGUUGAAAAUAACUAUGGAAAAGGAUUAUAAAGACAAGAAAAGGUAUCUCAGUAAGGAAAGUCUGAUUGUUAAAACAAUGCUGUCUUUAAAGAAGAGUAUAGUAAUAAUUGAAGACGAUGAUAUGGCAGAAGUUAAGCAGAAGAUUUUAACUAUUGUUAAUGAAAUUUUAGACAUAAUUUGACAGUAAGGACAACAAUGUUUAAGAUUGUUUUUGUUAUAAAUUAUUGCAAUUUUUUUUUGUUAUAUGAAUAAGAAUAGAAUCUCAUUGAUUUAUUUCAUAAAUAUUAAGCUGAGUACUUAAUGAGAAGAAAAAAUCUAUUGAUUGAUUUAAGUUUUAUCACGAGACGGCAUAUUUGUUCUGAUCGUUACAUGAUUUUAAUUUUUAUAUAAAUUAAACCUGUCCUCAUUAGAUUUAUGAUUAAAUUUGCAGUGCAUAUUUUAUUUGAAUCAUUUACGCAGUAAUUUGCCCCGUUGAUUUUACCAACUAAAAAUAAUUUUAUCACGGAAAAUGAAAUAAAACAAAUUUCAUAAAUAAUUUUGUCCAACCUACGAUUACAAAAUCUUACCAGUUUAACAAUAUUGAUAUUAAAUCGCAGAAUUGUUAUACGUCAAAAAGAUUACAUGCAUACACAAAAUAUUAAAUGACUUUCUAUUUUAUCGGUUGCCCAAAAAUAUACAAUCACUUUCCCUGCUGCACUUUCCAAAGGACGAGUGAAAUUAUAUCGAUGGGAGUUACGUGCGCAUGCGACGAAUUCAAAUGGUAAUGAAAGC